GUGAUGAGGCAUGCUAAGUGGAGGACCGAAAGAAAUAUAUAGAAGAGAUAUGGCGCCUGAGAGAAUUGAGAUUUCAGAUGAAGAUGAUCAAAGCAGUGAUGCAAGUUACGAAAUUCAAGCUAAAAAUGACUAUUUACUCAGUUCUCAAAAGUGUUUGUUCUUUGACCUGAAUGAGGAAGCAAGUAUUGGAGAUGAUGAUCAGGAUGUUUCUUCAUCCAAUGAAGGCACCCAAGCCGUUGGGAGCAGAAUAUCUCCAGAAGGUAAUUUAAGUUGUAAUAACACAAGUGUUGAAGGAAAAGAACGGACAAUUGCAGUAAGGCAAUAUGUUCGAUCCAAGAUGCCGAGGCUUCGUUGGACUCCUGAUCUCCAUCUAGCAUUCAUCCAUGCUGUUGAGAGGCUCGGCGGACAAGAAAGAGCAACUCCAAAAUUAGUUCUUCAAUUGAUGAACGUGAGAGGACUUAGCAUUGCCCACGUAAAGAGUCACUUGCAGAUGUAUCGAAGUAAGAAGCUGGACGAGUCAGGCCAAGUUAUCUCUCAAUCAAGUAGAGGAAUGCAAGUAAAAGAUCACAUUCUGGAAGCCUACCGCAAAUUCAAUCCUUAUGGGCACUUAAGACAUGUUGAUGACAACGGAAGCCAUUUUUGUUCUCCACCGGUAUUGAAACAGCAGCCAUAUGAUGAUUUCAACGCAAACUCUUCAAG